AUGGACUCCACUCUUUGCUCUGCCGUUCGGCAUUUGCACGAGACGGAGACGCUGAUGCACAUUGUACAAGACUACCGGAAGCGGGCCCGGAGGCAUCAGAGGGGGCACGAGGAGGCCGAGGCGAGGUGCCAGGCGUCCGAGGCCGAGCGCCAGGUGCUCCAAACAAGAGUGGGAGCAGCCGAGGACGAGAUUCAAGCUCUGACCGCCGAGCUCGAGGACGAGAAGGGCGCGCAUACGUUGGCGAGAUCGGAAGUGCGCGCCGCGGAGGCUCGUUUGGCCGAGGCCGAGCUGGCACUGGCCUUCUGCGAGCAAGAGGUGGGGAAUGCCAGCCUUAAGACCUUAGAGCUCGAGCGGGAAAUAAAAAACCUCGAGCGGAAAGCCGCAUACCAUGAGGCUCGGGAGCAAGAGGCUCGGGAGCAGGCCCAAGACGCGGUCAAGCUUUUCCGUGAGUCGGAUGAGUUCCGUGACCUUCUAGAAGAAGAAGGAGCAGGGGUUGAAAGGUCGGAGGUGGAGGUGGAGGCAGAAACUCCGGAGGCAGAAGCUCCGGAGGCCGAGGCAGAAGCUCCGGAGGCCGACCAGGGAGGUCUGGCCGAGGCGGCCGAGGCUGUCCCCGAGGCCACCGGGACGGCCUCCGAGGCCGUUCCUGGUGCUGCUGAGGCUGCCGAAGAGGGAGGCCUUUACCGCAGAGCCGGCUAUUCCGAAGCUGCCAGGCGCGAGCCUUAG